AUGGAUUCGCAGAGAGAGCGCAAACCGUUCCCGACUAUGAUCGAUGAGAGGGCUGUUGAGCAUCCCGACAAAGUGUUCGCCAUCAUCCCUCGUACCGAGACCAUUCAUGAUGGAUACCGAGACUUUACAUAUGGCGAACUCUCCAAGGCCGUCAACUUGAUGUCUUGGUGGAUUGAUCGAGAACUUGGGAAAUCAACCAGUUUUGAAACAAUUGCUUAUAUGGGAAUACCCGAUAUUCGAUAUGCAUUUCUCUUUGCCGCAGCUCUAAAAACACGUCGGCGGAUUCUUCUACCUUUGAGUCAUAACUCAAGACAAGCCCAUUUAGUCCUGCUUGAGGCCACAGAUUGCCGGGUCGUAAUUGCUUCCAAGGAGCUGCUUCCCAAAUGGAAUGAGCUUCGUCCUGAGAUCGACGGCUUCAAAAUUCUUAUGAUACCUGAUCUCCAAUAUUUUCUUUCCGAUGAAACUACUGAGAACUAUGCCUUUUCCCUAACGUGGGACGAGGUGAAAGACGAUCCGAUUGUAAUCACUCAUACGUCUGGAACAACCGGGCUACCCAAACCGGUCACGUAUACAAACUACAUGCUCACCGUUUUCAACACGGGAGAUGGCCCACGGAUCUGGGGAGACAUCAAAUUGAUCGUCCCGAUGCCGCCCUCCUGGAUGCUCGGGUUUAAUUUCCAAGUCAUUUCCCCACUUGACUUCGGCACAAUUCCCAUCUUGCUCCCACGCGACGCUCCACACCCCAUGACAGCAGAGUACAUGGACAAAAUACACACAUCUGUUCAAGCAGACGGGGGUCUCUAUAUCCCCUACCUGCUUGAAGAACUCGCCCGGAACCCAAUAUAUCUCGAAAAUAUGCGCAAUCUAAAAUUCAUUAGUUUCGGCGGAGCUCCUCUGUCUCGCGAAACUGGGGACGUCUUCACAAAAUUUACUCGCGUCCAACCGGCGAUGGGAUCCACCGAAGUAGGUUCGUACGGCCUAAAGGUUGCUGACCAAGAAGAUUGGAUGUACUAUAACUUCGACCCCGCCACUGGAUUCCAAUUCAUCCCUUUCCAAGAUGAUCUUUGCGAGAGCGUUAUCGUGAGGCAUGAAUAUCCCGAGUUGGCCAAGACACAAAUGGUCUUCCAUGUAUUCCCAGAAUUGAAGGUAUUCCACACGCAGGAUGUUUGGAAGGAGCAUCCAACCAAGAAGGGCCUGUGGUUGUAUUGCGGGCGGACUGAUGAUUUUGUCAAAUUGAACACACUGACGAAAUUUAACGCGUCACACGUGGAGGGAUUGUUAAUGAAGGAUCCGAGAAUUUCCGGUGCUAUUAUGGGUGGUGAUGAAAGGGACAUGCCGUUUCUGCUGCUCGAGCUUGCCGACAAAGGAGCGGUGCCACCCGAUAUAGUUGUGGAUCUGUGGCCAGUGAUCGAGAAGGCCAAUGAAGAUCUCGCGAUCGAGAUUCGAUUGAAACAGAAUAUGGUGCUGAUUGCUACAGCCGAAAAACCAUUGCAGCGGAUAUUCAAGGGGACCAUAAACCGAAGGGCGGCGCUCGAGGGUUAUACCACUGAGAUCGAGGAGUUGUACAGGCGACGUUCAGGUCCAUGUGAAGUUGAGGCUGUAUAA